ACUACAGAAGAAGAAUACCCGAACCAGGAAGUGCAGUAUCAGAUGUUUCAGAUCCACCAUCAAAACAAACCUAGACGAGACUGUUGGGGAGCUUAAAUAUCUUUUUCUGUGCUCAACUGGAAUCAAAUUGUUCUUGACAUGGAUGACACACUCUUCCAGCUAAAGUUUACUGCCAAGCAGCUUGAGAAACUGGCCAAGAAAUCGGAGAAGGAGGCUGAAAAGGAGCAGGCCAAAGUCAAGAAGGCAUUGCAGCAGAAAAAUGUGGAAUGUGCCAGAGUUUAUGCAGAGAACGCUAUCCGGAAAAAAAAUGAAGGCCUGAAUUGGUUGCGCAUGUCGUCUCGAGUGGACGCCGUGGCUUCUAAAGUCCAGACUGCUGUCACCAUGAAGGGGGUGACUAAAAGCAUGGGCCAGGUGACCAAAGCUCUGGACAAAGCUCUUGGCUCCAUGGAUCUCCAGAAGGUCUCUGCAGUCAUGGAUAAGUUUGAAACCCAAGUCCAGAACCUGGAUGUCCACACCUCAGUGAUGGAGGACUCCAUGAGCUCGGCGAUGACGCUGACCACGCCUCAGGAACAGGUGGAUGACUUGAUCCACCAGAUAGCAGAGGAGAGCGGCCUCGAGGUGAUGGACCAGCUCAGCCAGCUGCCUGCAGGAGCCACCUCAGUGGGCCCCGAGAGCUCGCGGGCCCAGGAUAAGGAGGACCAGCUGUCCAGACGGUUGGCUGCUUUGAGAAACUGAGUGUCCUGCGGGAGUGUGUCGGGGCUGCAGCGGUGUGCAGUGUGAAGAGGGUGACGGGAGCUGUGUGUGUUUCUAUUGAACUGUUCCUACCAGGAGGACUUAAUGAGUCUAUCGAUUUCCAUUGCCCUGCUCUAUAAAUACACACGCUGUCUAUAAAUACCACCUGAGAAGGCAUGAGUCUCUGUGGCUCACCUUCCCACUUCCAUCUUUAUCUCCCCUGCUGUUCCCCUUUGGAUCUCAGUUUACCUUCCACAUCUUCUUUUCUCCCUCCCUCUCUGUAACACAUCCUCAUGUGGCUACAGUCCCCUGCUCUCAAACCACACACUUUUGGAUGUAUGCUUUGUACAAAAACACAUUUUACAAACUGUAUAAUUAACAAUGAUGAAAAAGAAAAGGGUUUUAAUAAACAGUGAUUAUACGGGAGUUGGGGGACAUGGCAGUGUGGGUUAACGAUGUAUCUACACAUUUAGUUUUUUUUUUAGCUCUGUCAGUCAGAAAGGGGACAUUUAAGAAAGAAAUAUCAUUGUGUUGGUAACACUAACAAUAAUCGUCUCCCUCCAGAUUCAUCCAAGCAACAAGCACUAAUACUGCAUCCAACUAAGGACUAUCCUCCAGCAGUGUCAAAAUGAUUUAUUUCCUUUUAUUCUUUGUUAUUCUUUGUUAUUUUUCAUGCCUGUAUUCAGACUUUUCGCUUUGAACGCCUUAUUUGGAAUGCAAGUGAUUGCAUGGGUGCUUCCCCCGCCAGUGCCUGAAGGAACCUAGUUUAGAAAGUGAUCAGCAGCUAACUGAAACUCCACAGAUGUCGGUCAGAGCGAGGGAAUUCCCUUCCUCUUCCUGUGUGUGUCCUGGUAUGUGCUGACUGUGAUGUGUGAGCUCCGGUUGCCAUUGCUGUCAUAGAGGGACAUUUAUAAUCUAUUUAACUCUGUAAAGUUGUUGUAAAGCAACACUGAAACCUCACUCUGACAUUUUUGGAAGCAUCUCAGAAUAAAGUAAUAUUCAUCCCCACCUGCCACUGUCCCAUCCCAAACACAUUCAGGAGAACACCUCAUUUAAGAGCAGGGAUGAACAUGCUGGAUCUUUUUUUUAGUAGGCAGAAUCAGUUGCUACUCCUAAUGUGUAAACGAUGUGAAGAAUGUCAACAGCUUGAGUUAACAUGUUCUUUUCUGGUGUUUGUUUCAUUUUAAUUAUAGCUCUUGAUUGAUUUUGCUCCUUCUCUGGGUGUAGAUGUCCGUAAGCGGCAGGCAGAUCAGAGCAGCUUCUCUAAAUGUAUUCUUCCAUUUAACCGAGUGAGGGUCUAUUUUUUUUUUUUUUCUAAGUUCAGAAAACUUUACAGCACUUUCGUUUUCUAUAUUUAUCUUGUGGAAAUAAAGUUUUGCCCUCUGA